AGCAAAUCAUAACUGUAAAAGAUGUCUGGCAUUGCACAAUUUCGUUUGUGUGCGGAGCGCAAGGCCUGGCGCAAGGAACAUCCAUUUGGCUUUGUUGCCCGUCCCGCCAAGAAUCCCAAUGGCACCCUCAACCUGAUGAUUUGGGAGUGCGCCAUUCCCGGCAAGAAGUCCACCCCAUGGGAGGGUGGCCUCUACAAGCUACGCAUGAUUUUCAAGCCCGAUUAUCCGAGCUCGCCGCCGAAAUGCGUAUUCGAUCCGCCGCUCUUCCAUCCAAAUGUGUACCCGUCGGGUACUGUCUGCCUGUCGCUGCUGGACGAGGAGAAGGACUGGCGUCCGGCCAUCACCAUUAAGCUAAUUCUGUUGGGCAUUCAAGAGCUGCUGAAUGAGCCGAACAUUCAGGACCCAGCGCAGGAAGAGGCGUAUGGCAUACUGUUGAAUAACCGCUUGGAGUACGACAAGCGCGUGCGUGCCCAGGCGAGAGCCAUGGCCAGUGACAAAUAAGAAUAAAUAUUCCAC